CCACAAGAACUUGUUGUGGUUGCAAUUUCUCUUCUCAAUUUCCAUGACAUUCUGCCUCCACUGUACACUGCCAAUAAAUUUGGCUGCUUUACUCUCUGUUUCCUCUCUCUCUCCUGUAAAGUCAGUGCUUCCUACCGCAGCUUUAAGCUUCUGUGAAGGAAACGCUGGCUAGUUUCACUUCAGUGGUGUGUUGAUCCUUCCAUGGCACUUACUGCAAGCAAGGUUUCAAGCUGUCCUGCGGUGACUAAUUCAAAAGCGAUUCCUAACUCAUACAGAAUUUUAAAUUCGUUUUCCAAGUCAGUCCAACGACAUAACCUUCAUUGUCCAAGUCAAGGGGUUGAACAGAGGCAGCUAAAUUGUGCACGUCUCAGUUCAGAAAAAAUGAGAUUUUCUAACGAUGGUUUGAUGCACAUAUUGGGCAAACCAGUUAGUUUUACUGUCUCUCAGAGAUCUACUGUCGUAUACCUGUCUGGAGGAAGUCAUAAUACCAAGGCAAAAGAAUGCAUCGUAACUUAUGGUGAUUCGGCAAAGGAGACUUGUUCACAGAUUGGGGAUGAUGAAGAUGGGGGGCCUCCAGUCUUUUCUGAGAGAACUACUCACUCCAGUCAGGGUUUAGCUGAAGCUUGCAAAUUUGUUGUCAAUGACGCAAAGUUCGUAAAUGAAAGGGCUCGCAACGACAUUAUUCUGCUUUCUCGUGGUAUAAUGAGGUUGGAUGCCCGUGUGCGUCAAGACGUUGCUAUUCUUGGGUCGGGGUUUCUUAAGCUGGAUGCCCGGGCAAGAGAGGAUACUGAGAAAAUUGACCGUAAUGUGAAGAAGAAAGCCAAGCUCCUCCAUCAUAUUGCUAUGAUCUUAAAAGACAAAGCUGAGUCUAGACUGAAAACCGCUGCUGAUAAGCAUUGGAGUGACGGAGCCUUAGAGGCUGAUUUGCGCCGUGCUGACCUCCGUGCCAAACAACGUGCAAUGGAAGAUGCCCUAAUGGCUUUGGAGUUUGUCAAAAAUAUUCAUGAUAGGAUGGUGAACAAAAUGUACAAUUUUCCUCUGCAAAGCGAAAAUGGUGUUGUAUCAGAAAAUGACAUACUGGGGUGUAUAAUGCUUGAAAAGAAUGGGAAAAGUCUUGAUUUCCCUCCUGGGGAAGUAUCUACUGAUCGCAUUAAUGCAAUUCAGGAAGCUUACUGGAGUAUGGCGUCUGCCCUCUUUGAAGCUGAUGGAAUUGACUAUACUGAUCCUGAAGAGCUCGAGCUGUUAAUUGCAACUCUAAUUGAUCUCGAUGCAAUGGAUGGUAAAAGUAGUGUAUCGUUAUUGGCAGAGUGUUCAAGUUCUCCCGAUGUCAAUACCCGGAAAGCAGUAGCCAAUGCUUUGGCUGCAGCUCCAUCUAUGUGGACUCUUGGUAAUGCAGGGAUGGGAGCAUUACAGAGACUCGCAGAAGAUAGCAAUCGGGCAAUUGCUGCCGCAGCCUCUAAAGCAAUCUUUGAACUUAAGAAACAAUGGGAGAUUGAGGAAGGAGAUAGCUGGAGGUUUACGAUGAACCAAAAUACCAUUCAAGGAGAGGAAAGCCAAGAAUCCGACGACAAUGCAGAUACAGAUUGACGUACUUAUACAACUGUAGUGUAGGUUUUCACAUGGAGGUUUUAAUUAGUUGUAGGAUAAAAGACCCCCACUAAUUACCAUAAAGUGAUCAAAUUUCAGUAAAUAAAAUGCUGCAUUCUUUUUCUUAUCUUA